CUCCACGGCACAUCAGAGAUCGGACGGCACAAGACAAGUCUCUCAAAAGCGUCUGCGUUAUCAAAAACAUGCACCAACCCACACAAUAGAAAUAAGAAUAAAACCCUAUGAAGUAAUACUUUCACAAACCCUAGCCCAUUCGCUUCUCUAUAUAAGUAUCAGUGAGCCGUCAUCUCACCCAGGUGCUCCGACGGUCUUCGCUCUUAACCCUGGACUCUCAACUUGUUCUUUUUCUCCUCUUCUGUCUGUCUAUUUCGGUUCCUUCUAUCAUUCUCUGGUUUUAAAUUUGUUUUGUCUCGAAAAUCUAGUUAAUUUAGGGACGGUGACGAUUAUAUCGUGAAAGGUCUCGUUCGUCGUAAUCGGCAAAAUUUGGGUGGGAAAUAGUCGAUCGGCCAUUUAAAAAUGGGAAUUUUUUGCAUUGGCCGAGGAGGAUUAGAAAGCAUGUGACGCCUGUUUCACAUUGCUUUAGUCUUCGUACGCAGAGAGAUGCCAGAAGCAACAAAUCCUUGUGAGCUUUCACCAUAUUAGAGAGGAAGAUCUGGGGAAACUGUUGCUCUCAACCACAACAUUAUUUCUUCAUCUCCUGCCCAAAUAUUCAGGAAUAUGGGUUUGAAGAUGAGUACUGGUACAGCUCCCAUUAAAGAUGAGGACCAGAGCAAGGACUUGCUAAUUGAUAUAACUGCAGAGCAGUAUUUAGAUCCUGAGCUUGCUGUUGAGUGUUAUAUUUGCAGGGUUCCUAAAUGCAUCCGUAGAAUAAACGAAGAAGCCUAUACUCCUCGAUUAGUUUCAAUAGGUCCUCUUCACCGGGGCAAAGAAGAACUAGCUUUUAUGGAAAGACAGAAAGCCACAUACAAGAAAAGUUUUCGUCAGCGAAUAACGAAAGAGAAAUGGAACGAACUUCUAAGCUUCAUAAAAAACAACGAACAACGAAUUCGAAAGUGUUAUGGAGAUAUAAUUAAAAUGGAGAGUCUUGAGUUUACAACCAUGGUUGAACACGACGCUGUCUUCAUUCUCGAGCUCUUCCUCAGAAGCUACCAUAACGAUGGAAGUGAUGACUUUCUGUUGAAGAUACCAACAACUAGAUUUGCUCUAAGGAUGGACCUGCAACUACUCGAAAAUCAACUUCCAUUCUUUGUCCUGGAGGAGCUAUACAGUUUAGCUUUCGAAACCCCAACUUUCUGGGAACUUUGUCAUAAAUUCUUAUAUUUAUCCAAUACCUUACCAGCUGAGAUUGUGGUUAAACAUUUCACCGACUUGAGAAGAAGCACCCUUUUUGAAAACUUCCCCCGGAGAAAGAAUUUAGAGCAGGGAUUCAUUUCAGAUUUGCCUUGUGCAGUGAAGUUGCGUGAGUCGGGGGUGAAGUUAAAGGGCAUUGCAGGAACAUCGUUGCUUGACAUAAGAUUUGAGAAGCGAAAGCGGCUGAUUCCAUGGUUUGAAGUUCAUGAACUGCAAAUACCUCAUUUGGUUGUGACUAAUUAUGGAACUGAACGUUUGCUUCGAAACAUAAUGGCUUUGGAGCAGUGUCACUACCCAUCGGAUACUCGAGUUUGCAAUUACGUGAGGCUGAUGGAUUAUCUGAUUAAUACUGAAAAAGAUGUCGAUUUGCUUGUUAGAAAAGAGAUUAUUAAGAAUCGUAUGGGGGACAAUAUUUCUGUAGUGAAUCUGUUUAACAGACUUAGCUUGGAAAUUCAUAGAAGUAAAUCGUGUUAUUAUAAGACUGGCAUGGAAUUGAAGGCAGACUACAAUGAUCCUUGGAACCAUACAAAGGCAAAGUUAAAAAGUGUCUACUUUAAGGACCUUUGGAGAGGCACAGCCACUGUUACAGAAGCCGGAUCCUCGUUGCUCAAGCUCAUGAAAUUCAUGUCUUCUAUGAAGUAAACUAUGUAAUUGAUUUUAAUUAGUAGUUUAUAAACCGACCAAUAUCUGUCGGUGUAAUGUUAUCAUUUAUGUUUGAAAAAGCCAUCUUCUUUCUCUUGUCAGUGACUACUGUGUCUUUUGUUAUCGGAACAAUGAAUUUGGAAAUGAGUGGUAUUCGUAUAAAAGGCAAGAAAAGGAGUCACAAUCACUCCCAUGUAACUUUCA